AUGAACAAGUACACUUUGGUGGUACACCUCUUCAAUCUCCGUGCCCACUCUCGAGAAGCUAAGGUCCAUGCCAGUCUGGCCUAUCUGAAUCUUCUGCGUUCUCGCCUUGACGAGCGAGAAAAACAAUUGAAUGAAAUCCUUCAUGAAAUAGCUCAUGAUCGUGAUCGAAAGAGAGUCAUUCGAAAGCGUCAACCAUUACCAGUGAUUACUGUAGUCGGCUACACAAAUGCUGGAAAAACAAGUUUGAUCCGUCUGCUUAAGCCCCUAGCGAUUAAGCAACUCUCCACUCACCCUUCUGUACGAAUGGCAAACUCUCCCUUCCAUUCUACUAGUCUCGAUCCUCCAGAUCCCCUCACUUCUUCUACCAGCCAGUCAGCAGAGGAAGAUGAUGUUACGAGUACUCACCCUGCGGCAUUUCUGACGCCUCCACGGCUCUUCGUUUCAUCCCAUGUCUUUGCGACACUUGACCUUACUCAUCAUUUGGUUCGUCUGCCCACACCAGAAGAACGAUGUUCAACUUCAGAACGACUAUCUUCAAAUUCUGAGGUAGGCUCUGCUGGCCAGAUUGAAUCCAAACCAUCUGACUUUGCUGUCGCUACAGAUGCCGCGGAAUCUGCACCUGGCUUCCACGUAAUCCUUUUGGACACUAUAGGCUUUAUGGCCGACCUUCCUGCCAGUCUACUGCCUGCUUUUCGAGCUACUUUGAGAGAGUGCCUUGACACAGACCUUGUUUUGCACGUCGUUGAUAUAAAUGAACCUGAAUGGCCCCAAAAAGCUGCUCAUGUUGAGCGACUCAUUUGGAAGCCUGAAUCGUCUUUUCCUUCUGACAUGCCCCACUCUUCUCAAUCUAAAAACAAAAAAAUUACUCCAUAUGCCCCUAUUUCUUAUCCUGCACAAACACUCUCUCCUCCUACUUCCUCAUCCCUCUCUACCUCCCGCCCCUCUCCAGCUCCACCCUCUGUGGAUGUCAUCUUUUCUGCCCGCACUGGUAAUGGCCUAUUUAAUUUGAUCGACUUGCUUGAAGAUCGCUUGGUAAUCAAUGCAGACGUCUGUAACACUGAUUGUACUUCAUCGGUUCAAUCCUCCUUGGGAUUUUCACAGGUUUCCGACAAUAUAAAUGGCUCUAGGUCUACAGCCAGACAAUGGCACCGACGUACUCUGCUAGUUAAUCAAGGCAGCUCCGCAAUACAGUAA